UUACAGGAACUUGACUCCCUCUUGUGAAAUAUUGAAAUAUUAUUGACAUUUGUUAUGGUGUGGUGUCAUGGAGACAGUCAUUUUUCUAAGAUUAUGUGUCAUUCCUGUUUCAAGUAGGCAUGUUUUGAUAAUAAGCGCUGCAAUUCUCUAUGUAACCACAUGGGGCCACUGUUGAACUACAAUUGUAAAGACCGUUAGCCAUCCAUAGCUUGUUUCCACUUUAGCUCUUAGCAUCCAUGCCUUUCUGUAAAUACUUAAUAUUUACAAAUAAAUAUAAAUUAAAUCUCAUUUCAUGCAAAAAUCCUCCAGAGUUUGUGUUUCCAGUGUUUUUACUGCUACCGGAAGUGGGUGAGAUCAGACUGGGCCCGCCUCCAAAUCCUACGUGUUCCUCUGGUUCCUCUCACCCGCGCAGAGGAUACUGGGAAACCGAGUCCGCUCUGAAUAAUUCAAGCCCCUGGUCCUUGCUCCUCCAACGCUAACAAGAUGCCGGCCGUUCAUCACAAACUGCUCCUGGAGGACGCUUUACAGGACAGUCCUCAGACUCGCUCUUUGCUCAGCGUGUUCGAGGAAGAUGCGGGGAUGCUCACAGACUACACCAACCAGCUGCUACAAUCAAUGCAGCGGGUGUUUGGAGCCCAGAGUGAAAUGGGAUUAGCCACAGAGCAGCUCUCACAGCGACUUCUGGAGUACGAGAAGAAAAAUUUUGCCCUUGGAAAGGGUGACGAAGAAGUAAUCAACACGCUGCAGAACUUCGCCAAAUCUGUUGGGGAGCUCAACUCGCUCCACUCCGAGCUAGCCAACCAGAUGGCUGACAGCAUGGUCUUCCCCUUGAUCCAGUUCCGAGAGAAAGACCUCACAGAGAUCAGCACGCUGAAGGAAAUAUUUGGCAUCGCCACUGAUGAGCACGAGGCAGCUAUGGUCAAGUACAGCCGGUUGCCCAAGAAGAAGGAAAAUGAAAAGCUGAAGGCAGACCUGGUGAAGGAGGUGGCCUACACCCGCAGAAAGCAGCACCAGGCCUCUCUGCAGUAUUACUGCGCCCUCAACGCCCUGCAGUAUCGCAAGAGAGUGGCUAUGCUCGAGCCUAUGCUAGGUUACACCCAUGCUCAGAUCAGCUUUUUCAAGAAAGGCAUCGAGCUGGUGUCUAAGAAGAUGGACACUUUUCUCGCCUCGGUUUCCAACAUGACACAGAGCAUCCAGGCCCAGCUGGACUCGGAAGCGGAGGCCAUGCGCAUGGCCCAGAGGGAGCUCCUGUCUGUGGAAGACACCAUCUAUAUGCCAGAUAAGGACAUUGAGCCCGUCAAUCGCACACUUAUCCAGAAGGCUGGCUACCUCAACAUUAGGAAUAAAACAGGCCUGGUGACCACAGCUUGGGACCGACUAUACUUCUUCACCCAGGGAGGGAACCUGAUGUGCCAGCCACGCGGGGCGGUGGCGGGGGGCAUGAUUCUAGACCUGGACAACAGCUCCGUCAUGGCCGUGGAGUGCGAGGACCGCCGCUACUGUUUCCAGAUAACCUCUCCAUCAGGAAAGACGUCGAUGAUCCUACAGGCUGAGAGCAAAAGGGAGUACGAAGAAUGGAUCUGUACCGUGAACAACAUCUCCAGACAGAUCUACCUGACCGACAACCCAGAGGCCGUUGCCAUUCGGAUGAACCAGUCCGCCAUCCAGGCAGUCACCCCCAUCACCAGCUUCGAGAAGAGACAAGAAGGUUCACCCAACCCUGACAGAGCAAAGCCAGGAGCUGUUCACGCUGCCAGCGGUGCUUCCCAGAAAACCGGAGCCGCUCCGGAACCAGAAGACCUGAUAGCCCCUGGGACGCCCAUUCAGUUUGACAUCAUGCUGCCAGCCUCAGAGUUCCAGGACCAGAACAGAGCCGGGGGGAGACGCACAAAUCCGUUUGGAGAAACAGAUGAUGACUGUUCAGCAGAGAGCGAUGGUAACCAUUUCCUGAUCCAAACGCAACACAAUGACUCCCUCCUGCAGCAGGUAUUCGCCGUGCGCUUCCUGGGCUCCAUGGCGGUUCGCUGCGGCGACAACCAGGAGGUGAUCUACGAGGCCAUGAGGCAGGUGCUGGCUGCACGGGCCAUCCACAACAUCUUCAGGACCACGGAGUCGCACCUCAUGGUCACCAGCAGCAGCCUCAGGUUGAUUGACCCACAGACCCAAGUAACGAGAAUAAGUUUCCAGCUCGGAGAGGUGUGUCAGUUUGCAGCCCACCAAGAGAACGGGAGGCUGAUGGGAUUUGUAGUUGAAGGCCGAGACUGGAGCGACGGCGACGAGGAGGGCGAGCCGUCGUUCAGCGCCUUCGUCUUUGAAAGCAACACGGAGGGCGAAAAGAUAUGUUACACUAUAAACCUGGCCAAGGAGAUUACAGAAGCCAAGAAGGACCCGGAGGCCCUGGCAGAGCUAAUGAAGAACAUGCCUCUCACCAACGAUGGCAAAUUCUUGCUCCUGGAGCCUGAAACGGGCGACACCAACGACGGAGCUGGACAAGAAGACCUGGAGUCUGAGGCCUAGUUCCACUCACAAACCACAAACACGACCAGGGCCAACUUACGCUGAAACAUGCUUGUAGAAAGGAAGGCUUUCCCUGGAUAAAGGUCUCAUCAGGACCCCUACUUCUAACUCUUGUGUCUGCACCAAUACUAGAGAGUGUAGUUCACGUCCUCUGACCCCAUGUUACUGGAGCUGCAGCUCUUUUGCAAAGAGCAGAAGAAGUUGAGGAGGGUUGAGGAGGUCGGCUUGACCAAAAAAAAAAGAAAAGAAAAAAAAGAAAAAAGCACAUCUCUAGUUUGUUUUCCAUGCUCACAUGAGUCUUAUUCUUUGGAGUUUGUCUUUGUCCAACUUCAGGUGGCGCGCAUGAAAAGGGACGAUACAUAGGUACUGGUUGUGUUUCAUUGUCCACUAAUAUCCCCGGCCGUCUAUCUAGCAGGCAGUGGAGAAUCAUUCACUUCAGUUUAGGUUUACAUUUACAUACAGUAGUUUGUGGUGUUUGUUCUGUUUGUUAACUCAUACUUACACAAUUAUUUUUGCUGUUUUAUUCCUGAUUAUUCAUGUACAAAAAUAUUAUUUCAGUACAGAGUUUUUUUCUGUUGAAUCAUUACAGUUGGGGGCUAUAGAGGAGAUUUUGAAGGAUGUUUAUGUAACUAAUGUUUUUUGUUUAAAAAAGGUUAAGAAGAUGUCAGUUCCUUUCACCUGCAGUGCAGUGACUUUUAAUAGCUGAAUUGUUGAACCUGUGUGCUCUUCAAACUGUGGACAAAACCCUUUCUGCAUUUUAACCACUAAGAUUUCAGAUUUCCUCCCGAACAUUCCCACUAAAGUGCUUUCAUCUCAUGGUUCACGUUAUUCUCCACUACCUGUACGGAACAAGUCUAAACAUGAUCUGUGUGCCAGACCCUUGUUGAAGCAACCCCCAAAAACUACUCUGUGCUCCACUUCCUGAAUGCCUGUGUAAAUAUGAUCUGUCCCGGUGUCUAUAUGAUGUUCAGACUCAGUCAAUAGGCUCGGACUGCUGCGGUGCAUGAUUCAAUAACAGUGUUCUCUCCUGUUCCCUUCGCAGAAGGUUAACGCUUCUCCUCCGAGCACCGAGCCAUCACACUAUAUAUGUAUAAAAAAAAUAGCAAUCAACUAAAAUGUCACCGAUAAUGCAUGUCUGCGGAUCACAGUGGGGCGCCGUGCGCUGACGGAAAAGCGAUUUGCUCUUUGCUCUUACAUAUGAACGCUAAUCAAAGCAGAGGAACUAAUGGGAAAGUAAUCUGUCAAAUUCUUCUUCUUCUUCUUUCUGGAUCCCAGUGCAGUUUUUUUUUCUCUCCACAUUUUCUUUUUGAGCUGCAACACUAAUCUCGAUGGACAGUGGUAACCCAUGCAUCGUGUCGGCUUGUUUAUCCUGCUCUGCAUCGAGGCAUCAGAUGCAGAAGCGUUUUAAACGAGGACGAAGCGCGGCUCCUUCAUUAGGACUGUUCUGCUCUGGUCAUGAUAAUGGGACUGAAAGUGACACUACAUUGUAAUUGUAAAAAAAAAAAAAAAAAAGUCCAUGUUGGGAAAUGCACUUAUUCGCUUUCCUACAGGGAGUUAGAAAAGUUCAUCCUGACUCCGUGAAACGAGUCAAAUUUAAUUACCUGCACCUCUUAAAAUCACUAACUGACAACUUAUUGCACAUUUGUGUAAGAACAAAGGCUCCAGGAUAACGCUGCUUAAACCUUCCACUUAAACAUUUUGAACUCGGAGUUGGAGACGUUUCACAUAAUGAAGUAAAAAGUAAAUAAUCAACACGUCUGACACUUUCUUAUGGAAGCAAGCACAUCGUUAUCUAAGUCUGCUUCAUCACUGCAUUGAAUUAAUUACGGCCAUGAAAAACUGUUGCACAUAUUUUACAUCAGUUUAUUCAGAGUAUUACACAGUAGCCUGUAAAGUACUGUUACAUCAUCCGGAGUGCCAGGUCUGUAUAGUUGACUUCUUUUGAAUGCCGCCGUGUGUCUUGUGUCUGAGCCUCAGCUUCUCAGUGAAGUCGAGCUGCAUGAAAUUGACCACCACGCCUUUGGAAGUCUUGAUUGUGUGGAAUGCAGCGUUUACCUUCCCACAGUCCUGAGAUGUCAUCAUAAUUCAUUUUAGGCAGAUUUCCACAGAUUUCUUAGGAAGCGCUAGUCUGGGUGGUUCUCGGUUCAGAUGUGAACACAUAAUGAGGACUGUGGAUCACCUGUCGGGCGACGUCUCACGUUCGCCCUUCAAACGGGACCUGGGAUUUAAUUUCAGAGAAGCACAGAGGAGAACGACUCUCGCACUACGAAGGCAACGCCUGCCAAGCAGGCAACGUGUCGGGCGUAACUUUAUUGAUUCGGCUGAGCUGCCAGAUGGGCCUCGUGCGUUCACAUUAUCAGUAACUGUUUAACAGACUCUACCAAGGAGCAGAUAAAUGCAUUUCCCUAAAUGUUGAACUUCCUGUCGCCUGAUGUAAAUGUGUAUUGUCGGUUUAUCUGACGCUGUAGAGAAACACGUGUUUCAUCCGGUACCCUCCCUCCUCAGGUGAUGAUUGAUCCGCUUCGAUCACGCCUUUAAUAAAAGCAACGCUUACAAGCGUUGGCCUAUUAAAACUUUAUUUUACAGUUUGAUGAUUAACAUUUACAGCCAGUACUUCUGUUUGCUCUCUGACUGAUGACUCGAUCGGAGAGAAGAUUUGCUCCAGCUUAACUGUCCAGUCAAGAAAAGUAAUCCUUACUGUACGAGGUCUGUUGCAGCCCAUUACACGUACUACAGCUGUGCUGCAUAGUCUUGAUGCGUUUUUGCUUUGUAAGUAAUGCACCGUCAGGAGAAAUGUUGUGGGUACUCAUUGUAUAGGACAUGUAUUUCAAUAAUAUAGUCAAGACUGCAUUUUUUUUUCUCCUUCUCUCUGUAUCUUUUUGGAAAUGGCUGAAGUCGUCAGAAUUCAUCAGGCUUCGCGUUUAAUUUGUCCCAGUUUUCUAAAACCUAUGUUAACAUCUUUAAUAAAUAGAAGUAAUUUUUUCUUA